CUGAUAAUUUUGCGAUUGGCGCACCGAGAAGCAGAACCUAAACAGAGGAGGAAUGUCCGCAAACGAGAUACCCGACGAGAUAUGGAGAAAGAUAAUGGAGAUUGGCGUAAAGUCCUCGACUUUCUCCUACAAAGAUCUCUGCUGCAUCUCCAUCUCCUCUCGCCGUCUCUGCCGAUUGUCCUGUGAUGAUUCCCUCUGGGACCUUCUGCUCUUCCUUGAUUUUCCUACCCAUAUCGUCUCUGCUUCCUCUUCUCAAUCUCCCUCCAAGUUUAUCUACAGGACUAGGUUUGAGAGGGAGAAGGAGAGGAAAGUAGCUGCCCAUAGAAGAGCUUUACUCAGGAAGGAGAGUGAAAUUUCAGAAUGGGGCCGGAGGAUUCGUGAAUUGGAGGCUCGAUUGUCGGACGAGGCUGAGAGAUUACAUUCUUCUUCUCUGCAAUUUUCAGAUUUGUUGAAAGUGAGGCAAGCAUCAGUAGCUUUGAACGUUUGGCAGCCACAGAUUGUACGUGGCAGACAAAAGCAAUUAGUUGAGCAAAACGCUGUUCCUGUUGAGGGUCGAUUGCGUGCACUUGAGAUGGAGAUUAAGUUAUGCAAACAGCAAAUCAUGGGUGUGAAUAAAGCACUUAGGGAGGUAAAACACCGAUUUGACAUAGCCAUAAAAGAGCUAGAAUCCAUGAAGUAUCAUCCUUUACGAGAUUACAAGUCGAGUGGAGACCAAGGAAGUAAUGGCAAGACAAAGAAGUUGAAAACGAGCAUUAGCUAUCGUGGAUACCAAGAAAGUAAUGGCAAGAGGAAGAAGUUGAAAACAAGCAUCAACUGUAAGUUUAUGAACAAUUCUCACUUUUCUUCAUGUAGUAGUGUUGCCGAGAAAUACUAUUCUUACUGUCUAAAAAUCUCCAUGAGUAUUUUUCUGAAAAUCUGCUUAUUCUCUCAAGUGUGACACAAUGCAAUGUAGAAGAGUUUUAUGCCAAUAUGGAUUGCCUGAAACUAUGACAUGGAGGAGCAAUAUUAUUGCAACGUCAAUGGGUAGUUAGAAACAAAUGUUUAAACUUGUAGAUUUACUUGUUAAUCUUAUCAAUGGUAUUGAUUGUGAGUUUUUAAUA